AUGCAUGCAUGCAUGCAUACAAACAUGCGGAUGCUUGAGGUUUCUCAGGUUGUCGAUGCAGCCAUCGCCGCCUUGGGAUCUGCCCUGGGCGUGGACCCCUCGGCUGUGGAGGUUCAGGUGACACAGUCGGCACGACGCCUUGCGCAAGCAAAGAAAGCUACCGGCCGCCGACUUGCCAUCUCCUGGUCCGUGGUUUACCAGGUCCUCGUGUCUGCCGAUGCUGCUGCAUCCGUGUCCGAGGCUGCACAGGCCCAGCGUGCGGACCUGGCUGCGUUCCGAGCCAUCCUCGCCCCAGAGCUCGAAGCCGUCGGGGUGAGCACGUCCUCGGUGUCGUCGCUGGCAAUCUUGGAAUUCGCCGAGGUCUCCGUGCAGAUAGCAGAGCUGGAUGUGGCCCUGGCAAUGCUGAACACAACUUCAGAUCCAGACCCCGCUGCUGAGGACUCUGACAUGGAUGGCUUGGACAACUUGACACUCCAGGAGCGCAGGCUUUCAACCAUCACUGGCACGAGAUCUCUAGCACUUGGUUGGUUCCGGGAGUUCUUUGCCAAGACUUGGCUGGGUGAUGAUAACGUCAGUGUGCCCCCGGAGACGUCCAUCGGAAACUACACGCACUUUCUGGUCUACACAGCUUCCAGUCUCGCAGAGCAGACUACCCCUGCUGCGCUGGAAUUGGCAGACGAGUCUGCGAGCGUCUCCAACGUGACCUUUGUCGAUCUGGAUCUCGAUGCCACCGAUGUGGGAGGGACCAUCGUGUGGGAUCCUCCAGAGAGCCGAGAGCGGGUGCAAGAUUAUUUGGUGUAUUUCGGAGAGGACCGCCUGGGAUUGGCGAGAUCCCAGCUGGAUCAGGCCCUCCCGAAGGGAAUAACCACGCUGCCGCUCUUGCCGGAUACGCCAAAGCUGAAUUACAGUCAUGUGCUGGUGUACACGCGUUCGACGCUUGUGGAACAGACGACUCCGGCCUUCAGCAGAUUGCAAGACGAAGCGCCUGUUGUCCGAAACAUUCGCUUCCCGGACUUGGAUUUAGAUGCGGCAGACCUUGGCGGAGAGCUUUCCUGGUCCACAAGCGAUGAGGCACUGGUAGAGGCUUAUAUGGUGUAUCUUGCAGGACCUGCGAACGGAGCACUUUGCGACCGGGUCAGUGGCGUCGGAGACGGGGAGCUGUGCCGCUACUUCCUUACUAACGCAUCAGCUCCCGAAUCUCAGCUGGACAUAGCACCGGAGACGCCCCUGGCCAACAAUGGCCUUCUGCUCAUCUACUUGAAAUCCUCCCUCGCAGAGCAGACCACCCCCUUUGGGCAAGAAAUCAACGACACCAUCGCCAGUGUCUCUCAGGUGUCUUUCGACGACCUAGACCUUGACUUGGAGCAAUUUGGUGGUAUCAUCUCGUGGACGGAGCCACCAGAACCUGAGCCAGUAGAGGGAUACUGGCUCUACUUCAAGGAUGCAUACAGCCGCUCCCAACUUUCAGUGCUGUCACCGGGAACCGACUCUUUCUCGUUACCUGCAGAGACAAGCUACGGAGGAGGACAGAUUGCAAUUUACACCAGGUCGAGCCUUGUGGAGCAAACAACCCCUGUGGCUGUGAACCUCUCGGACACCAUCGCCAUUGUAGGGAACGCCUCUUUCCCCGACUUCGACUUGGACCGCGGCGACAUCGGGGGCCUAUUCUCCUGGGAGCCACCAUCAGACACGGCCAAAAUCACGCACUACGUGGUUUACAUGGCCAGACUUCACGACAACGAGUCCGAAGAGUGCUACGAAGACGUGGUUCAGCUGGCGGCGAUCACCGGCAGCUUCACCUUCUCCGUACCGGCCACUAUCGAGCAGGUGGAACACGCAGCGCGUCUAGCCGUGCUCGCAGCUUUGCCCGGAAUCGAUCCGAAGAACCUCGAAGUCACGGUCACGAGGACGAGUCGACGCCUCGCAAGCGAGCAGAGUAUGCGGCGCCUCUCCAGCUUCUGGCAUGUCAGUUACGAAGCCGCCGUGUCCCUGGAGGCGGUCUUGACAACCUCCGCGGCGGCGGUGGCAUUGAGCUCGGCACCGGCAUCCUUCGAGACAGUCAUGGCUGUGGCGCUGCAAGCUGCUGGGGUGUGCAGCCUUGUGACCAGCACAAGCCUCUCUGUGCUGUCCUUUUCGCGGCUUUCGGUGGACACCGUGGACACAGCCCAAAUCCUGCAACGCUUUGCGACAGCCGCAGUCGUCGCAGCCAACGCCAGCGGCAAGCCGGACAGUGACGAGGAUACGGAUGCAGUAUCCAACAUCUCGAGAAGGCUGUCUUCGGCCUUCGAAGUAUCCGAUGAAUCCGAUGGCCUUGUUGAGGACUCGGACGCAGUCCAACGGCAGCUGUCAGGUCACAACACUGGACUCUUUUCCUUGAGUCUUAGCUGGUGUCGCAAAUUUGUUGGGAGUACGCUAGAGAGCGACACAGCACUCACAAUUCCUCCAGAAACGCGACUCGCAAAUUGGACACACUACCUGGUGUACGCUGCCUCCAGCCUAGCAGAACAAAGCUUUCCAAGAGCGCUGCAGAUUGAGGAUGAAGACUCCAGUGUUUCCUCGGUGUCGUUUUUAGGACAGGACCUUGACUUCUACGAUUUGGGUGGACGCUUGUCUUGGGAGCCGCCGAACUCCACCGAUCGUUUGGCGGCCUACCGCAUCUACCUCGCCGAGAGCGCCGCAGGUUUCGGCCGAUCGCAAGUGGGUCCCACGGAGCUGGCUCCGGAGGUUCUCUUCUACGAUGUGCCGGCCAACACACGGAGAGAGAACUUCACCCACUUCACCGUCUUCACGAAGUCGCUCCUCGUAGAGCAGACGACGCCUGCAUUCCUGGCCAUUCAAGACGAGGCAUCCCGAGCCAACAACGUAUCCUUCGUAGAUGACGAUCUCGACGAGGGCGAGAUCGGAGGAAAUCUUACGUGGCUUCCCGCUGAAGAUGACUCCGAGGUGGUGGACUACGUGAUCUACCUCGCGGAGGAUCGAUAUGGGACCAACCGGACUCUGCUGGGAAAUGUCAGUCGAGAUGAGCUAAGCUUCUCGGUUCCAGACAACACUCAGCUGCUGAGCUUUACACACUUGUUGGUCUUUGGCCGGUCGCCUCUGGAAGAGCAAACGACUCCUUCCUCAGUGGUCAUUAUCGAAACGAUCGCCAGCGUGACAAACGUAUCCUUUACGGAUUUGGACUUGGACGCUGGUGAGCUUGGCGGCACGGUGUCUUUCGUGCCACCAACAUCGGCAGAACGUGUGGUGAGCUACGUAGCAUACCUCGCGACGAGCUUCGGCGACUCCGCCAGCUAUCGGUCACAGCUGGGAUCAGACAUCGUGGUUGGUGUGGACUCGGAGAUCGCAGAGAUCCUCCCAGACACAGCUCUGGCCAACUUCAGUCACGUCUUAGUUUAUACCAAGUCCAGGCUUGCCGAGCAGACGACUCCCAGUGCCUUUGCCCUGCAAGACAACAACGCCUCUGUGUCCUCCGUUAAUUUUCUCGAUUUGGACUUGGACCUCGGUGACAUCGGAGGGCCUAGCUCAUGGCUGCCACCCUUAGACACCUCACUGGUCACACACUACGAGGUGUACUUCUCCAACAGCACAGUCGGCGAAUGGAGGGAGCACUAUGCUACGCUGCCAGUGGGAACAACAAUGCUUCAGAUUCAUGCAGAGAAGAACUUGAAGAGUGAUGAGGCAUACAUCUCUCACUUCUUGGUUUACACGAGGUCGGCCCUCGUGGAACAGACGACGCCCAGCAGCCAUCGGAUUGCAGACGAGUUUGCUAGCGUUUCGAACAUUUCCUUCAAAGAUCUUGACCUGGAUCGUGAUGAGAUUGGUGGCUUGGUGUCCUGGGAGUCUCCAGACAAGCCAGAUCUUGUAGAAGGCUACCACCUGUACUUUGCAGACUCAGAAGAUGGUUUCUACCGGUCGCAAGUCGACGAAGGAGUGCCAGUGAACAUCACCGCGCUUGACAUCCUCUACGAUACCCCUCGCCAAAACUUCAGCCACCUUGUAAUCUACACAAGGUCUUCACUGGUCGAGCAGACAAGUCCGGUUGCAGCAGCACUUUUGGAUACGUUUGCAACAGUGUCCAACGUCACCUUCGCGGACUACGACUUGGAUGCUACUGAUAUCGGGGGGCCCCUGACAUGGGAUCCUCCGGGUGAUGUCUCCGAAGUGGUGACGUACAUCGUGUAUCUGGCCAGAGCAGCAGCGCCUGGAGCCGCCUGUUCCAACGAGUCUUCCGAGUCUACGGCGGAGAUAGAGGAGGACUUGCUCGAGCUGCUGGACUCUGAUACCAGCGAGAACUAUCUGGCAGUCUGUGAACGGACUUAUGUUGCCAACGUGUCCGUCGGCACCCACUUGCUGGACAUCGCGCCG